UAGAGUUUUAGCAAAGAUAAGUUUAGAAACUCUGUGGUUUUAGCCAGAGACGGAAGCGAGACAGCCCACACGCUGUUUUUUUCUGAUUCAAUGAAAGUCAAUUAACUAAAUCAUAUUUCGCUUAGGGUCCCCAAAGGGCUAGGGCUAGCUCUGACUGCAUAUGUGGGUAAGUAGACCCGUGAGCCACUGCAACCCCCAUCAAAGUUGCACAUCCCUGAACUAAGUAAACCAGACCCAGCUGCUAUUUCAUUGGUGUCUAUGGGAGACACACCCAGUUAAGUAGACUGGAACUGACACUUUUAUUUCAAUUCUUAAACGGCCUGAGUGAACUGUCUUUAUUUAUCCACCAUCUUUGAUUUUAGCCUCGCUAAAUCGAGGCUGAUCUCGCGAGUUUACAUGAAUGUCCGCUACCACAUCUGGUAAAUACGAGGAUAUCUCAACUAUAUACCUCAGUGAUCUCAACACAGCGGGACAAAUAUCUGUAAAAAUGGGAAACUGCCAACCCACAAUCAUGCCAUGCGAGGACUUUGAUGUUGCGGCUGACAUAAAGGCCUUACGCAAAGCCUGCAAAGGCUUGGGCACUGAUGAACAGGUCAUCAUUGACGUACUUACUAACCGCUGUGCAGCCCAGCGCAUGGAAAUUAAACAGGCCUAUUUUGACAAGUAUGGGAAUGAGUUGGUGGAUGUGCUGAAGAGUGAGCUGGGGGGGAACUUUGAGAAUGCCGUCGUGGCCAUGCUGGACCCUCCAGUCGUCUAUGCAGUGAAGGAGCUCAGGAGGGCCAUGAAGGGAGCAGGCACUGAUGAGGACACUCUGGUGGAGAUUCUGUGCACCGCCACAAACGCUGAUAUUCACAUGUUAAAAGAAUGCUACUUUCAGGUGCAUGAACGAGACCUGGAAUCAGAUAUCGAAGGGGACACUAGUGGAGAUGUGAGAAACCUGCUCACUGCUCUUUUACAGGGCACCAGAGAUGAGAGUUACGAUGUGGAUGAGGGUCUGGCUGAAGCAGAUGCCACCGCCCUGUUUGAGGCUGGUGAGGGAUGUUUUGGAACGGAUGAAUCCACGUUCAACUUUAUCCUGGCCAAAAGAAACUAUCUGCAACUUCAGGCCACCUUCAAGGUGUAUGAGCAGCUCUCUGGAACGGAAAUCCUGGAUGCCAUUGAUAAUGAGGUCUCUGGGACACUGAAGGGCUGCUACAUCACACUUGUGAGGGUUGCUAAGAACCCUCAGCUGUAUUUCGCCCGGCGACUGAAUGAAGCCAUGAAAGGAGCAGGCACUGAUGAGGACACCAUCAUCCGCAUCGUCGUAUGCCGCUCUGAGUAUGAUCUGGAGACCAUUAAAGACAUGUACCUGGAGAAGUACGACAUGUCCCUGAAGGAUGCCAUCAAAUCUGAGUGUGGUGGGGACUUCAAACGUCUCCUGCUGGCUGUCUGCCAUUGAGAGAGAGAGAGAGAGAGGGAGGGAGGGAGAAGGUGAGAGGGAGGGAGGGAGAUGGAGAGAUCACAGUGCCUGAAAGGGACCGAGGGUACUACUGCUCACUCCUGGACAAACUAAUGCUACUUACAAUUGGUCCUACUGUCCUCAAACAUGCGACAUUCUCGGAUGGGGCAUGAGGUGGACCUGGAGAUAGCUCAAAUCCAGCUGCUUCUGUUCUCCUGAUUUGGCAUUGAAGUCUACGGGUCUCUACAAAAGUGGCAUGAGUAUACUAAAGACAGUUGUGUGCAUGUGACAUGAUUCGUUUUGAUCUAGAGGAGUGCUAGGACUAGUAUAGACUUAACAUACUGUACUUUAGACCAACAAUCCAUAUUACCAUUGGAACUUAUAGUGGCUCUAGUCCUUGAAGUUAUUUCUAGAUAUCAAAGUUCCCAACAUUCUCUGUGCUGCAGUGAAAUUGGCUGAGUGAAGUUCAGUAGGAUCAGGUGGUUCAGUGCUUGGCAGGAAGGUCAGUCCGCACACAAAAAGGCAUUUGUAGGAACUGGAACAGGGUGUAGCUGGAAGAUUACAGUAGAGCAUUGUAUUGAACUUAUCAGUCUUAUACAGGUAAGACCUAUGUUCAAUGCAGCAUGUACAUUUGAUAGGAUCUGUAAUGCACAGAUAUAUGGCAGUUUAUAAAUCAUACCCACCUGGUAACUUGUGUACAAAUAUGUAAUGGUUCAUAUUUUUACCCUUGCAUUUUAAACGAGCAGCAAAACAUUUUGUCCAGGUUUAAUGAGACGCUAUAUAAAUUUGAUCUCUCCAGGUCCAGUAUCUUCCACCCCAAACUCCAUCUUCAGUAUUAACGAGUGUUUAUAAACUGUUAGCUAGGGUAUUAAAAUAUUACCUUUAUUUAGACUACAGUAUUACAUAUAUUCAAUAAAUGUGUUUACAGAUAUAGCCACAAAAAGGUGUUGGGGAAGGUAUUUGAGGCAAUGUCAGAAGGUAUGUGUUCUUAUGACACUAAGAAUAGUAAAUUGUGUGUUGCGUAAUGGCAGCUGUAUUUUUAACAUAUAUUAGGCAUUUGGACAUAUUAGAAAGUCCUGUAAUCUCAGCUGAAUAACUUGAGAUGCCUGUUAUAGAUUUAUAACGCUGACUACUUAUGUGAAUUUAAUUCAAGAGAGGAAAUGUUAACAGGGUUUAGACCAUGCACACCUGCCCUUAUGGGAAGAUAUGGAAUAGGGACCAAUAUUUGCCUUUGAAUCAGCCAAAUAAUGUGUUUGGUAACAAAUAACUACAUGACAAUUACAGAAUAAAAUGUAUGUUUAUUAACA